AUGCUUACAGAUGGACACACAAGCAGGAAUAUCUCAGAAGGACAUCUAAUGUUAUCCUCAGAUUGUGACAUAAAAGAUAAUGACAGUAGACAGGAUUCUUCAGGAUAUAACCCCAUUACAUCAGUUAUACAUCCAGCUCUAUCAGCUGGUCCCUCUGAUCCUGGGAAAUGUUCUCCUGAUCACUCUGAUAUUGGUGCAUCUGUUACAGCUCUGACAGUAGAUACAGAGUUUCCCUGUUCUAUAGAUGCCAAAUGUUUUACAGAGAACACAAAGCGCAUUACCCAUCAGCCAGCUAAGGCAGGUGAGAGAGAAGUCACACAGGUGAAAAACCAUUUCCAUGUUCUGAGUGUGGAAAAUGUUUCAUACAAAAAUCACUUCUUGUUAGACAUGAGAGAAAUCACACUGUCACAACUUGUUAGACACGAGAGAAGUCAUACUGGUGAGAAACCAUUUCCAUGUUCUGAGUGUGGGAAAUGUUUUAUACAGAAAUCACAUCUUGUUACACAUGAGAGAAGUCACACAGGUGAGAGGCCACUGAUAUGUUCUGAGUGUGGGAAAUGUUUUACAAAGAAAUCAGCUCUUGUUACACAUCAGAGAAGUCACACAGGUGAGAAGCCGUUUUCCUGUUCUGAGUGUGGGAAAUGUUUUGCAUGCAACUCAAAUCUUGCUACACAUCAGAGAAAUCACACAGGUGAGAAGCCGUUUUCCUGUUCUGAGUGUGGGAAAUGUUUUUCAUGGAAAUCAGAUCUUGUUACACAUCAGAGAAGUCACACAGGUGAGAAGCCAUUUUCAUGUUCUGAGUGUGGGAAAUGUUUUACACAGAAAUCAGCUCUUGUUACACAUCAGAGACGUCACACAGGUGAGAUGCCGUUUUCCUGUUCUGAGUGUGGGAAAUGUUUCGCAUUUAAAUCAUAUCUUGUUAUACAUCAGAUAAGUCAUACAGGUGAGAAGCCGUAUUCCUGUUCUGAGUGUGGGAAAUGUUUUGUAUGGAAAUCAGAUCUUGUCACACAUCAGAGAAGUCACACAGGUGAGAAGCCAUAUUCCUGUUCUGAGUGUGGGAAAUGUUUUGCAUUUAAAUCAUAUCUUGUUCCACAUCAGAGAAGUCACACAGGUGAAAUGCCGUUUGCCUGUUCUGAGUGUGGGAAAUGUUUCGCAUUUAAAUCAGCUCUUGUUAGACAUCAGAGAAGUCACACAGGUGAGAAGCCGUAUUCCUGUUCUGAGUGUGGGAAAUGUUUUGUACGGAAAUCAGAUCUUGUCACACAUCAGAGAAGUCACACAGGUGAGAUGCCGUAUUCCUGUUCUGAGUGUGGGAAAUGUUUUGCACAGAAAUCAAAUCUUGUUACACAUCAGAGGAGUCACACAGGUGAGAAGCCGUAUUCCUGUUCUGAGUGUGGGAAAUGUUUUGCACAGAAAUCAAAUCUUGUUACACAUCAGAGAAGUCACACAGGUGAAAAGUCAUUUUCAUGCUGUGAGAGAAAUAAAUCCGCUCUUGUUGAACACAUUAGACAUUACCCAAGUACGGAACCAUUUACAUCUUCUGGAGUAUAAUUAUCACUGUCAUGCAAUGUUCCUCAAGGGUGAAUCCUAUCUCCUAUGCUUUAUAAAAUAUACAUGCUACCACUGGGUGAUAUAAUCAGACAUAAUUGCCUGGUCUACCACUGCUAUGCUGAUUACCUGCUUUUUGCUCCAUGUACUGAGAACCUAAUACCAAUCCUAAAUGGUUGUCUAGCUGAGCGCCAGGGGUGGAUGAUGCCAGUUGGCUGUGACUCAGUCUUUGUGAAACAUAAUAGAAGCUCACCAACAAAGGACAAGACUACAGCUUUACCAACCAUCUGGAUUUACGCUUUGGUGUUCAGAAUUGAAAAUACUGAACAUGUGCUGAAUCUGUGUGUUGUCCUGGUAUGUGGCUGACACUGACAUCAGGUAUUUGCCACAUACAAAUCCUCAUUCUUCCAUCUGUGGACCAUAGCCAGAAUCAAGCUCUUGAUUCCCUCAGAAGUUCAUAGACUACUGCAAUGCCAUCUACCUGGGUCAUCCAGCAAAAGAAUUACAGAGCUUGCAGCUAGUACAGAAUGCAGCAGCCAAGCUGUUACCUAACCCGUUCCUGCCGCAUAACACCCAUUCUCUACUCCCUCCACCGGCUGCCUGUAAGAUGACAAAUCUAUUUAAUUAUUGGCUAACUGACCUUCCCAGCCCAACAUUACAUGGUCCAAGGUACUAGAAGCAGCUCCUGCCUCCUUACUGCCCUGCUUGCUUGCUUCUACAGAUGGACUGUUACCAGCAGUACCAAGAAUCUCCUGUCAUUCAUUUAAGGGUUGAACAUUUAGCUUUGUAGCCCUGACCAUGGAACUCACUGCCUUGCACAGUCCAAGAGGCCUCCACUCUAGAGUCCUUCACAAGCAGACUGAUGACUGUUACUCACGCUUUUCAUUAAUGUACCUCUAUUUCUCAUACGUCCUAGAGGAU